GGAAGGGGAGAGAUAAGGGGAGAGAAGGGCAAUAACUCAUUAGCAGCAGCUCUGUAUGUGUGCAUUCUGCUGUUUGCCACAUACCUACAAGGGAGUUUCUUCCGAGUGCAGAGAAACCGUGAACUGUUGGAAUAUUAUAAGUCUUUCCUUGAGAUGUCAGCCAAGAGCUUCAGUAUAGCCCCAGUUGCUACUGUGCUUAUUUUCUUCCUAAUGAUACAGCUCUCAAUGCAAGCGCCGUUGAACGGGUCAAAGUGGUCUUAUAUAGGUCCUGAUGGAGAGAAGGCCUGGCCAAAGAAAUACCCAUUUUGUGGAGGAGUAUUCCAGUCACCUAUAGAUUUCCACAAAGAUAUCCUCCAGUAUGAUUCUAAUCUCUUGCCUUUAGAGUUCAUAGGCUAUAAUGUGCCCUCCACAGACCAGUUUACAUUGACCAAUAAUGGUCAUUCAGUGAAAAUGUAUCUGUCACCUACUAUGUACAUCAGAAACCUCCCAUUCGAAUACACAGCAUCUCAGCUUCACCUGCACUGGGGAAACAGAAACAAGUCAGAAGGCUCAGAGCACACGGUCAGCGGGAAGCAUUUUGCAGCAGAGAUGCAUAUUGUGCAUUAUAACUCUGAGAAAUAUCCAGAUAUAGCAGCAGCAAUGGACAAAGCGGAUGGACUGGCGGUUUUGGCUAUUCUCCUUGAGAUUGGACCCUUCAACCCAUCCUACGAAAAGAUCUUCAGGCACUUCCGGAAUGUGAAAUACAAGGAUCAGACGGUCCAAGUCCCCGGUUUCAAUAUUCGAGAACUGCUUCCUGACAGACUGGAUGAGUUUUAUCGCUACGAAGGAUCCCUGACAACUCCUCCUUGCUACCCUAGUGUUCUCUGGACGGUUUUCCGACACCCCGUUAAAAUUUCACAAGAGCAGUUACUGGCACUGGAAACAGCCAUGUACUGCACAGAGAGUGACGACCCAGAACCCCUGGAAAUGGUCGAUAACUUCCGAAACGUUCAGGAAUUUCGGGAGAGACUGGUUUUUAUCUCCUUCCGUGAAGGUUUUGUUGUUUCUCUUGUGAUAGUCUGCGUCCUGGGAAUCCUCAUCGUUCUUGCAGUAGCCGUCUGGCUGCUGAGGAGGAAAAGCUGUAAAAAUGAAGGCAAAGAUAACAGAGGAGUCAUCUACAAACCAGGCGCGUACAAGGAAGAAGACAACAUCUCCAAACCUUGAUGCCCUGCUCUGUCACAAAAGCCCCUUUACAUUCAUAGCACUGAUUUAUUUUGCAUUGGUGAAACACAUCUCUUGUUCUUGGCUAAUGAUAAGCCUCAAGAGUGUUCUAAAAAUGUACCAGCCAGAGUUUUCCUGUAGCCCUUGUUCUCUUGUUUUCCAGGGAGAUAUGAUCAGCAAAUGCUCCUGAGCUAAAUUCCUCAUCACAUUCUUUUCAUGUUCGCUGCUUACUGAGUCUGGGUCUUUUAAUUGAUUUUACAGUUAAUCCUAAACACCAAUUUUAUGGUUUGUUUAGCAUAGAUUUUCCCAUAGGUAUUCGAAUGUGAAGACACUCAUCAAGCAACAAGCACACUUCCCUGCUAAAUCAAGGUUUUGGUUUUAGCACCAUGAAUAUAAACAUGAUAAAGGGCAACGUGUAUGUGAGAUCAGAAUUUGAACUAGGUUGUUCAGCAGAUACAUCACAGCAAAUUAUAUUAGUACAUUCACCAGUGGCUUUGUAACAGGAAUUUAGAGGAAAGGACAAGUGUAAAUGCAAUGAGAGCCACAUGGAUUGUUAAUGGGGUUCAAACCCAGGAACUGAGUGCUGAAAACACACUACUGCUAGAGGAACAGCUCACUUCCCAGUCCGUACACGGAGGCCAGCCUCUGCCUGUCACUGGAAUUACAGAAACAUCUCGUCUUAUUGUCCUGCUCUUAUUUAUAGUGUGUGUAUGAACGAUGUGGAUAUAAUGCAGUUGCUGCUGCUUUUAAGCAGACUCGCCAUUUAAUCACGAAAUCUUGACUGAUUUUUUAGUGUAUAGUACAACUGUGAUUAUAUAGUAAAUGGUUUCACUGAUAUAGUUCUCUAAAUUUAGUAAUUAAAUUAUUAGAAAGUAAUCAAAGUUAUUUUUUCAAAUUGCAUAAGCUAGAUACUCUUGAGUCUCAUUAUGCACUUCUGAAAGUGAGAAGCAUAACCCUGUUUCCACUGAAGACAAUGUAAAAUGUCAUUGACUCCAGGAAGAACAGAGUUUAGCCAGUCUAGCUCCAGAUGUAUCCAGAAUUCCUCUUGAAUCUGACAUCUAAAGUGAGGGUCUGAAGUGCUUGUACUUCCGUGUACAAGCAGGAAGUGACUGAGCACAGGCUUAUAUCUAAAAUAACUUCAGGUCUGAAUGCUGCUAAACACUACUGGGGAAAUUCCAACCUGAACGUUAUACUUAGAUCCAUUUUACAUUCAGUAGUAUCACCUCCACAUUUGUGUUUUUAAAAUCAAUACACUUUUAUUGUAUGUGUUUUCUACUUUAAAGAUGGCAGGUGAACACUUACGUUUUACAUUCUUGCCCUUCCACCCCCAAGAAGAUUGUUUUGACGUCAAAAGCAAGCUUUUGGGUAAAAGGACAAAUAUCUUAUUAACACUUACUGUACAGGAAAUUUAGCAGCAUAAUCUUACAACUAAGUACACUGCAUUUGCCAGCAUUUUUAUCUCACCUAAACAAACGCAUAAAGAUCAUCUUGUUGAAGUAUUUGAAAUUAGUUAAAAAGCAGCGUUUGUGUGCUAUGGGGAACAUUACUUACUCUUAGAAUAAAGGUGUUUGUAAGCACAAGAACAGA